AUGGCCGACGAGACGAAAACACCCGUUGAGGAUGUGGCGAGGGCGCCUAGUAUGUCGAGCGAAGAGGAGAAGAGGAGAGAACUGCUCUCGUCGUUUACGCCUGAGGAGGAUAAGCGGAUUAUGCGCAAGAUCAACUAUCGGUUUCUCUGGUUGAUCAGUAUCAUGUACUUGAUCAAGACUAUUGACUAUACCAAUGCGGCGUCGGUCAAGGUUCUCCAGGUCGGCGAGGACCGAAACGUCUUGACAGAGUUGAACAUGACUGCAAACGAGUAUAACUGGGUCCAGUCGAUUUACUUUAUCAGCUACAUCGUCUUCGAAGUGCCCAGCAAUCUUGUCCUAAAACGCCUCACCCCACGAUUGUGGCAGUCCCGCAUCAUGCUCACUUGGGGCAUAGUCCUAGCAUGCCACGCCGCCGUGCAAAACAAAGCCGGUCUCUACGCGCUGCGCUUCCUCCUCGGGCUCUGCGAGGCAGGCAUGUUCCCUGGUAUCGCGGCGCAGCUGUGCGGCUGGUAUCGUAGCGAUGAAAUGGGUCUGCCGAUUAUGUGGAUGUUUGGGUUCCAGAAUACGUCGGGUAUUGUUGGGUCGUUGUUGACGUAUGGGAUCUCGUAUAUGAAUGGGGUGAGGGGAUUGAGUGCGUGGAGAUGGGUCUACAUCCUCGAAGGAAUCUUCACAAUCCUCUUCGCAGGAGUCGUGUACCUCGUCCUCCCCGACUGGCCGAAAUCCGAACGCACGAAGAAAUGGCUCACAGAGCGCGAGCAGGAAUACGUCGAGGCGCGGCUCUCAGAAAACGCUCCCAAGACCGGUGACUCGAACUUUGACGUACGCGAAGUCAUCGCCGCGCUCAAGGAUCCCCGCACAUACUCAUUCAUGCUCUCGCAAAUCCUUGUCAACUUUGCCGGAUACGCACUUAGCUGGCAGCUGCCUGCCAUCACGACGAGUCUGGGCUUCGCAGGCCUGCCUCGGAACCAGUUGCUGAAUAUUGCGCCUGCUGCGGCAUCGGUGCUGGCCAUUAUCUUUGCGGGGUGGUUCCUGGGUCGUGGGUAUAUGACGCGGCCGGCGUUCAUCAUGUACCUCAUCAUGGGCCCUGCUCUCCUCUUCUUUAUCCUGCUCGCGGUGCUGGAUAACAAGGUUGGGAUCUACAUCGCCUGCGUGUUUGGAACCAUGUUCUACGCCGUGUACUUUAUCCCCUUCUGGGCUUGGCGAAGCUCCUCCCUUAAAGGCACAACCGGUGCAGCAUUCACCCUCGCCUUCCAAUCCUGCGUCGGGCAGGUCGGCGGCGUGAUCGGUCCACAACUCUUCCAGUCGAAAUUCGCAUACAACGGGUACAAAACUCCCUUUGCGAUCUGCGCCGCUGCCAUUGGCGCCUCGAUCCUCGCGAACGCGUGGACAUGGUGGCUGACGCGGAAUGUCGAGUAUGAUGUCCUCCGCGUGCGGCGGCUACGGCUGAAGGAGGAGAAGGAAGGGAGGAUUUAUGCUGGGGAGGAUGUCAAGGUUUAUGAGGAGAGAGUGUUUUAUGAUGCGGUUGGGAGGAGGACGGGCGUAUAG